AUGAGCCUGGAUGUCACGUCGCCACUGGAUGAGCUCAAGAAGAUUGCCGAGGAAGCACACGGCAUCUAUGGCCGCAUUGACUACCUAAUCAACAAUGCUGGCUUCAGCCAGGUUGGGGGCUUGGAAGAACUCACGCCCGAGGAAACGGAAUUCCAGUUCUCCACCAACGUCUUCGGCCCCCUGAACGUCACGCGGGCCAUUCUGCCUUACAUGCGAGCCCGGCGGUCUGGGGUAGUGGCCAACUUCUCCAGCGUCGGUGCGUGGCGCGGCGCCGCCAGGGUCGGGCUGUACUGCGCGUCCAAGUGGGCGGUCAGUGGGCUUUCCGAGACCUUGUACUAUGAACUGGCCGACUUCGACAUCAAGAUCUGCACCGUCGAGCCCGGCUACUUCCGGUCCAGCUUCCUCAACCCGGGCAACAAGAAGGACAAGAAGAAUGUCAUUCCCGACUACGAGGGAACAGCCGUGCGGAAGGCCGAGGCGUUUCUGGAAGCAUAUGACAACAAGCAGCCCGGCGAUAUCAAAAAGGGCGCCAAGGUCAUCCUCGACGUCCUCACCGGAGCCGCGGGCAGAGAGAUCCCCAUGCGUCUCGUUCUGGGCACGGAUGCUUAUGGGGCCAUCAAGGCCAAGUGUGAGAAUACUAUCGAGACAUUGGACGAGUGGAAGGACCUUAGUGUCUCGACGGAUCUAGAAGAGAAAUAG